UUUUUUUUAAAAAAAAAAAAAAAAAGUACAUAAACAUAUAAAAAGGCUGCAAUUCCAUUUUGAGUUUGUCUUUUUUUUUCUUACUUAACUUAUAAACAUGGCUCCUCUUACACCAGAAAUUACUUCAAACAUCCAAUGGAUAUCUCAAAUGAGUGUUGAUGUUGAAUCAACUGCUGGCCGUAAAACAAGCAUUAUCGGUACAAUUGGCCCAAAAACUAAUAGUGUAGAAAUGAUUACUCAACUUCGUAACUCUGGUCUGAAUGUCGUUCGUAUGAACUUUUCUCAUGGAACUCAUGAGUAUCAUAAGUCUGUAAUUGAGAAUACACGUAAAAGCGUAGAGCUCUAUCCUGGUCGUCCUGUUGCUAUAGCUCUUGAUAAUAAAGGCCCCGAGAUUCGUACAGGCAUUAUGAAAGAUGAUAUUGAAAUCUCUAUCGAUCCUGGCCAUGAAAUGAUUUUUAGUGUCGAUGAACAAUAUGCUGAUCAAUGUACAGAUGAAAUCUUAUAUAUUGAUUACAAGAAUCUACCAACAGUGAUUGAGGUUGGCAAAACAGUCUAUAUUGAUGAUGGUGUCCUUUCAUUUGAAGUUACUGAAAUCCUUGAAGACGGUAUUCGUGUUGUUUCUAGAAAUGGCGGAAAGCUUUGUUCACACAAAGGUGUUAAUUUACCUAAUACUGAUGUUGAUUUACCCGCACUUUCAGAGAAGGACAUUGCUGAUUUAAGAUUUGGUGUUGAGCAAAAAGUAGAUAUUAUUUUUGCAUCCUUUGUACGUCGUGGUCAGGAUGUAAAAGAAAUCCGUGAGGUUUUAGGAGAAGAUGGUAAAAAUAUUAAGAUCAUUUCAAAGAUUGAAAGCUAUCAAGGAGUUGAAAAUUUUGAUGAUAUACUUCAGGAAACAGACGGUAUUAUGGUUGCUCGAGGUGAUAUGGGUAUUGAAAUUCCUUUGGAGAGAGUUUUUAUUGCUCAGAAGAUGAUGAUUACGAAGUGUAAUUUAGCUGGUAAGCCAGUUAUCUGUGCAACUCAAAUGUUAGAAUCUAUGACCUACAACCCCAGGCCUACUCGUGCUGAGGUCUCUGAUGUGGCUAAUGCUGUAUUAGAUGGUGCUGAUUGUGUUAUGCUUUCAGGAGAAACAGCUAAGGGAAAUUAUCCUAUUGAAGCUGUUAAGACAAUGCAUGAAAUUUGUCAACUUGCAGAAAGUGUUGUUUGCUAUCCUGCAGUCUUUAAUGAACUUCGAUCAUUAACAGCCUUACCCACAGAGACAACUGAAACUGUUGCAUGUGCAGCAGUUGCUGCGGCGCAUGAACAAAAUGCAGGUUGUAUUAUUGUCUUAACAACUUCAGGAAAGUCUGCCCGCUUAAUAGCCAAAUACAGGCCCCAUUCACCCAUCAUUGUCGUUACACGUAAUCCUCAAACAGCACGUCAAAUACAUUUUCAUAGAGGCUGCUUUCCUUUCUAUUAUCCUAAAGCAUCAUCUUCUGCUUCAUUACAUUUGUCUGCAGCCCAUAGCCCAUCUCAUUUACGUACACCUGAAAAUGCUCCUUGGCAAGAAGAUGUUGAUUCAAGAAUUAAAUGGGGUAAUUAUACAGUAGUUUUUUUUUUUUUUUUAACAGAUGAGCAUAGACUGAAUCAAACUACUUUAUUUAUUUAUUUAUUUUUUAUAGGUAUGGAACAGGCUAUGAAAUAUGGCUUACUUAAACAUGGUCAGCCUGUGGUUGCUGUGCAGGGAUGGAAAGGUGGUCUUGGUAAUACGAACACUCUUCGUAUAAUUUAUUCUCCCAAUGAAUCUUCAGAUUAAAAUACACAUAAAUAUUUAUUAAAGUCAAACAAGAAAUAAAGAAGUUUAUAUAUUUAAUAUAGCAAAGGAAGAAAGUUUGUUUAUGAAGACUAAACAUUCAAUAAAAUAAAUAAAUAUUAUAAUAUAUUCAUACAACA